AUGCGCGUGAUCAAGGUCACGGCGCUGCUGAGUGCAGUCCUUGCUGGCUUAGUAACGGCAUAUCCGCGAGGACUGAGCGAACGAGGGGACCGCAUUUUCGUCGGCUAUCGCUAUUCGAUAGCAAAAGAAUACGAAGACGCAGGCAACAGAAUCGUAUUCCAAACCGCCACUGACAAUUUAGAACAACUAGGGGAGGGCGCCUAUGUUAUGAACAUCCGCGACGGCUACAAGCCAUUCGCAUCAAUGCGUGAUGACCAAAGACUUUGCUUAGUCUACACAGACAAAGACGACCUCAAAGCCUUCCCGAAAAUCUGGAUCGACAUGUUCGACGAAUACGGAUCGGUCGGAGGUGUACUCUGGUAUAUGCCGGCGAAAAUCGAGACAUAUAUUCGUGGCUUUGGCCAAGACCCAGAGAAGGCCCUGUUGCUGGCGCGCUAUCCACAAGCCAAAGCUGAGCAGGUGGUCAUCCCGCCCAAGGUAGCCAACGGCAAGGAUAUCAUCUUCUCGGUUGACUGCAAAAAGAAGGGAGACGAUGUUUCGAAUGACAAAGUGGACUAUACUGCUGACGAAUGGAAGAAUAAUGUGUAUCCCAAACCCAAAUAA